CUUCUUUCUUUUGGGCUUCCUUGUUUUUCGAUUUCUAUUCCUUGAGUUAUAUAAAGGCUUUGUCGGGGGAUCAGAUCUAAAUCAUUUGAACUUUAACUGAGAAUCACUCCUACAGAUCUUGCAAACGCUUCAUUUAUACAUCAUGGACAAGCCAAAGAACAACCAGGAAACACAAACCCAAGGCAGUCAAGAGAAGAAGGGACCUCAACUUCGAAGUGUUGAGGAAUAUCAGAAAUACUGGGAUCAACUCCUCCAAAAUACAGCGGAUCAGAUCCAGAAGAUCCGAGACAAGGAACAAGCAGCAGAGCGUUCAACCCGAGACUCGCACCAAUGAUCGCGUCAUAUUCCACCUAUGCAAGCCGAGGAGUUAUUGGGAAGUGAGAUUUUGUUUUUUUCUGUUUUAUACAUUU